AUAGUUGACGCACGUCCACUUUAUGACAAUUCUCGUAAUUACGACGAGCGCAAGACGUAGCAAAUCGCAGACCGAGAGAUUCGUCUCUCGACAAGAUUCUUCGCGUGUUCGUGUCUUGGCUAUGUGUGAACCUAAAAAGGCUCCACUACCAACAGUGAAAGUAAGCGAAGGCGUAGUGAAGGAAGUCAUCUGUUUUAUCGUAUGUCGAUGCCUGCAUUAUCGGCGACAUAACCUCGUACCUGCUCAGCGACAUCAGAUUGACGGGUGGCUGCUGGUGACCGCGCGCAAAUUGUCGCGGAUCUGUCAAGGGGAGCUGCGAAGAGAUCAGGCAAAGAAAAUGGGACGGACAAUCUACGCCGAGGAGCAUCUUCGCGCGUACUUAACAUCUCUGACGAAGUCGGAUGGAUACGUAAUAGGAUUGAUUUUGGGCCAGAGCACUGGACAAAAAGAUUACAUAGUGCACUUAGCGAAAACACCGCCUCCCUUUACCAAAAAUGUUGUGGAGGAAACAUUAACGAUCAGCUCCACAGCCAUACCUGCUGAACAAGAUACAGCAAAUAUUUAUAUCAAAUCUGUCAAGGACAUACCUGUGAGCUGGGUAGCUGACCAUGCUAAACAUGUAACAAAAAUGCUGCCUGGUGGAAUGUGGGUGCUUGGCGUGUUCAUUGUUGGACCUGAGGAUGCUCUAGAUAGUACCAAUAACAUGCAGAAGCUCAAAUCAGUCCUUGGUGCGAUUCACAAAACUCUGUCAUGGAAUAAUAAGCACCUUUGCGGAAUUAAUCAGGAUGAGAAGCUUAUACUGAGUUUCAAUAGCAUCUCACAAAGAUACGUCUGCAAGUCGGUAGACGUUGUUAAGGACGGCGUUUUAAAGCCGGCCGAUUGGAAAUUCCAAGAGAAGGCGACAAAAUGGCAUCAACUUGAAGGCCUAGUAGACUUCGAUAGAUUGUAUCUUAUUGCGGCGGACAAGGAUCAUGAAACUCUCAAGAAGCAAUUACAGAAUAUCUUGACAAGCGUGGCAGAUUUAAUCGAUUCCUCGUUCGUCGUUAUCGAGGGGGUUGUCAGGGCGCCGGAUGAAGCCUUGGAAAUCCUUGGCAAGAAAAAGAAAGACAGCAAGGAGCGUAAAGAUAAGAAGAACGAUGACAGUAGCUCAUUUCAGUUUAGCUUGUACAUUCCAUGUUCACGAAAUGAUGCUGAUACGGACAUAAAAGUAACGUCAUGCGGCGCAUCGAUACGACUGGUCGGACAGUUGGUCAGCAGAACGUUCGUACAUCAGAAAGCCAGUAUCGCUGAAGCCAAUAUGGCUGUGAGACAGGAUAUAGUGAGAUCUCUGGCAAGUAGAUUGGAAAUGCACUGGGACAGUCUGAUAGAGGAAGAGAAUGGCUCUCCCGAGGAAAAUAUCACGUUGCACGAGCCACCGAGAAGAGUGUUGAUAGCAUUACCGGGAAACAAGAUCACACUGUCGGACUAUCUGUUUCCUGGCGAAGGGCCGCAAGAAGCACUGCUGUCACUACAAGAACUCUUAGAUCUCGAAGUGCAAGAGAGCCAAGUUCAGAAAGAAGUCGAGCUGCAAGCUGAUCCCACGGAAUUUUAUGGUCAAAGAGAUAUUAAUACGAAAUCUUCGGAUAAUCCCACGGAUGCAACCAGAAGUCAUCACGUGGCUAUUUAUCUCACUGGUUUAAGCGUCGCACUUCUUGUAUUGCUAGUAGCUGUUCUGGCGCACCAGCUUAUGGUUUAACAUGUACAUUCGUUUUAUUUAUAAUAUGUGUGUAUGCGGGAUGUAGAACUUGUAUAUUAUACAGUACGCAACGUUCAGUUUUAAAUAAUAAUAAUAAUACGACACAUUUUGAGAUCAUGUCACCUGUAAAUUUUUUAUGUAAAACUGUUUGAUGAUUUAAUAUACAUCAUAAAGGAAAGUUAACGUGUAGCAUACAGUUGAACGCAGUUUCCGCUUGUGAGAAAAUAAAUUUUAUAUCGUUCAAAAAAAUUAUAUCAGAUUAUAUAAUUUUUGUUGAAAUAAUAAAUAAAAUAAUAAAGGAGUAAUUCCAACUUAUUUUAUAUAUAUGCGAAUUUUAUUAUAAUUGCUACAUAAUAUAUACAUGUACAGUAUCAUAUACAUAAUCUUAUAUACAAAAGAAUAGCGUAAUUAGUCUUUAUAAUGGCAAUUCUUACGUCAUUAGCAUGACAACUGCUAUUGUUAAUAUGUGUUCUUCUAUAUUACUCAUAUGAAAAAUAUCUAUCGCAUGAUAAUGCCAAAUUAGGUAAUAACAUGCAAUUUUGAUACAAAAUUUGUUUAAUAAAUCAGGCAGUGGUAAUCC